UAAUUUUGCUUUUAUUAGUAGAGCCUGUAAUUUUGCCGCUCAUAAUGUGGCUAGAUGGGCGUUUGCUCAUCAGGUAUUUGGGUCUAUCCCGGUUUCGGUUGUACCUAACAAUAUUUUGUGUAACGACCGAGAGGUCUAACCUAUUUGAAUCUAUGAUAUAGACGCCUUUUCUCAAAAAAAAAAAAAAAAAAAGAACUCCCCUUAAAUUAUUAGAUGAAUUGAAAAAGCAAGGCUAUAAAUACAGAACAAUUAAGAGCGGGAAAAUUUGAAGAUUAGAGCAAAGAGCAGAAGAACAGAGGUGAAGAGCGUGAAAAUGGAGGACUCGAGUUCAAUGCUCAGCCAUAUCUCUAUUCUCAAGGACAUGCUCGAUCAAAUAACUCGUGAGAUCGAAUCUGAGAUCGUCAAAUGCUCGGAAUCCGAAAAAGCUAUGGCUGCCAGAGAAUCCGAUCUCACCAAAACGCUUUACGUUUCUCAGUUUCAGAUCACCAGCUUGAAUGCUCUCGCUCAUAGUUCAAGAAACUCUUUGGAAUCUUUGGAGAAGCAAUUGAGUAGUUUGAGAAUGAAGCGAGAUAACACGCUGCAGAGAAUCAGUGAUAAGCAAGAUGAGUUUGUAAAGAAGUGCAUAGAGUUUCAGAGUGAUGUUGGGAAGAAUGAUGAUCUGAGGACUUUGCUUUUGGAGAAAGAGUUUAUUGAGAAUGAAGUUUGCAGAUUGGAUAAGAAGAAUAGUAUGUUAAAGAAUUCAAUGCAGGCAUUUGUGGAAGAAAUUCUUGAAGAUCUUCAUAAUUGCAAUUGUGCUUUACAAGUUGAGAUAGAGAAAGGAAGUCAGGAAAAUCAGAAAUUGGUCAAAGAAAUUGAUAACUUGAAAACUACCUUGCUUUCUAAUAUCAUAAUUGAGGAUGAUUAGUGGUAAAGUCUCUUAUUCCCUUAAAAGCAUUCUUCAUUAUGUUGUGUUAAUGUAUCACCUGUUUCUAUUCAUUUACUCUCUUUACAGAAACUAGAAAUGGGAUAGAUGAACAUUAAAGGCCGAAAGCAAAUACCAAGUUAGUGUCAGCUUCCGUAAGCAGGGCGAAAAUGGAAAAACAACAAAAAUAAAACUUUGGUGUAAAAGCUUAUAGUUAGAAGAUGAUGAGCCAUAAUAGAUAACAUAGCAGCUAAUUCUUUUUUAGUUUACUUCUGGUAUGUCUUUCUUUCUUUGAUUUUAAAUGUUUUUGUUUAGCUUUGAUAGUUAGUUACUGAUUAGUAAUCACAAAUAUUCAGAUGAGUUUUUCUCUAGUUCUUAACAUAACUAAGUACAAUUUAUAUAUGAUAAUUAUAAUAGUUACAUAAUAAAACUGAUUUGAUCAGAUCAAAGCUAGCUGUAAGCCUGUAAUAAUACUCUUCUUUCCAACUUUGUUUUUUGGGGUAGCAUAACGAGUUGGGUGUUGGGACUAGUGUUUACUUUAGAAACCUUUUUUUUGGACAGUUGAGGAAAAAGGAAUGACAAAAUUAGGGGUGGCAAUUAGUGUUUGAAAAAUUUCAAUCUUAACUCACCUAUAUUUAUGUU